AUGACCUCAUCGUUCGUCACGCAAGCAUUCCAACGACCACGAGCCGUCGUUCUCGUUCUGGGAUUUGCAGGUGCCAAGCCCAAGCACGUUGCCAAGUACGCGAAUGUGUACCAUUCCUUGAAUUGUUCUACUGUAGCUGGUACAGCAACAAAUAGGGAUAUCUUUACAGGCAACACUGUAAACCAGGAUGCUUUUGCUUUGGAGGGUUUGAAACUGGUGACAAAACUGCUGAAAGAAGUUGCUGAAGCAGACGACGAUAAUAAUCAAGCAAACAAGACUCCUGUGGUGAUGCACAUUCUCAGCAAUGGUGGAACAUUCAUUACAAAUCGAAUUGGAAUCAUGCUGGAGGCCAAUGACAAUUCAGUCAAUAAGAAAGAAGAAACCACAGAAGAGCAGGACAACGACACAGAAACAAGCCAAGAUCUCCGAUUGUUUGGAGAUCGUCUCAAGUUGGGCUGUCAAAUCUUUGAUUCAGCGCCUGGCUUUUUCACAACAUCAGGUACUUUCAACGUCAUUCGAAGCCUUGUUCCAAACAAAAUCAUUGGGUAUCCUGCUGCGGCAAUGUAUGUGGUCUUUACCCAUGUUUUGAAUCUUUCCUCUUACCUGAUGGGUCAACCUACACAUAAUGAAGAGUUCUGGAGUCGUUUGCAAACAGACACGAAUUGUCUACGACAGGCAUACAUGUAUUCAAACGACGAUGAAAUUGUGGAAGGAAAAUACAUUGAAGAGCUAGCCAACGACCGCAAAGCUGGUGUGGGCGAGUACGUUGCCCUGAAGCAUUUUGAAAACUCGGCGCAUGUGCAGCAUCUGCGAAAACAUGAAGAAGAAUACGUAUCCUUUGUCAAGACAACAUUGGAAGAAGUUGAGAAAUUGAAUCGAUAG